ACACAGUCACUAAAAAUGGGUCGAAACGAUCUAACAUUAACUCUCCUGCUGCUUUUCUGCCUCCAUGCGUCCAUUGCCUAUGGGGCAGUCAUCGAUCCUGAGCCAAGGGCUUCCACGUCGAAUACCGCUACUCGCGACUGGUGGCAGGUCGCGCAGUUCUACCAAAUAUAUCCGCGCUCCUUCAAGGACUCAAAUGGUGAUGGUAUUGGCGAUUUAAAGGGCAUAGUUUCGCAGCUGGACUAUUUGCAGGAAAUAGGUGUUACGGCAACAUGGCUGUCUCCAAUUUUCAAAUCGCCCAUGGUUGAUUUUGGGUACGAUAUUUCCGAUUUUUUCGAUAUACAGGAUGAAUAUGGUACACUGGACGAUUUUGAUGAGCUGGUGGCUGAGGCGAAAAAACGCGGACUGAAAAUCAUCUUGGACUUUGUGCCCAAUCAUUCGAGUGAUGAGAAUGUGUGGUUCCAAAAAUCGGUCAAACGCGAAAAGGGCUACGAGGAUUAUUAUGUGUGGCACGAUGGCUAUGUGAACGCUGAAACGGGAGAGCGAGAGCCGCCCUCUAAUUGGCUUCAGGCAUGGCGUGGCAGUGCCUGGGAGUGGAAUGAGGAGCGCCAGCAAUACUAUCUGCAUCAAUUUGCCGUCCAGCAGCCUGAUCUGAACUAUCGGAAUCCGGCAGUCGUGGCUCAGAUGAAGCGCGUUCUCAGCUACUGGUUAGAUCGUGGAGUAGCCGGUUUCCGAAUUGAUGCAGUUCCCUGGUGCUUUGAGGUGCUGCCAGAUGCCACUGGUCGCUAUCCUGACGAGCCCUUGAGUGGUUACACGGAUGAUCCAGAUAACGAGGCAUAUUUGCGCCACAUCUAUACACAAGACCAGCCGGAAACUGUGGACAUGGUGUAUCAGUGGAAACAGCUUCUGGACGACUAUCAACGCGUGCAUGGUGGCGAUACCCGCGUGCUAAUGAUUGAGACCUACUCCGGCUUAGAUUAUGUGAUGCAAUUCUACGGAAAUCGUACCAAAAAGGGCGCAGAGGUUCCAUUCAACUUUCAGUUCAUAGUCGGCGGCAAUGGCGACAAGAACAACACACAGUUGACAGCGCCGGGCUUUGUGAAGAUCAUACGCAGCUGGCUGGACAACAUGCCUGCAGGCAAAACCGCCAAUUGGGUGAUGGGCAAUCACGAUCAGCGUCGCGUGGGCAGUCGUUACGGGGAGGAGCGUAUAGAUCUUAUGAACAUGCUCCAAAUGUUUAUGCCGGGAGUGAGCAUCACCUACAUGGGCGAAGAACUGGGUAUGACCGAUCUCGACAUUAGCUGGGAAGAUACUCGAGAUCCGGCUGCGUGUAAUUCAAAUUCAAGCAUAUACGAGCAAUUCACGCGCGAUCCCGGUCGUACGCCCUUCCAGUGGAGCUCCGAGGCAAAUGCAGGAUUCUCCAGCACCAGCAACACGUGGCUACCCAUCAAUCCCAACUAUGUGACGGUGAACGUGGAAACCGAAGCUGCCAGUGACUCCAGUCACUUGAGUAUCUACAAACAGCUGUCGCAGCUGCGUAAGUCCAAGACCCUGCAAUAUGGAAGUGUGAGCUACGCCUCCAUUGGCGAUAAUGUAUUGGCUAUCAAGCGCUCGCUGAAGGGGGAGCCGAGCUACGUGCUGGUGGCCAAUGUGCUCGGCAUCAGCAGUGUCAAUGUGGAUGUGGCCAGCGCAGUGCGGGCCACGGGCAACUAUAAGAUCAAGGUUCUUAACCCGAGUGCCAAAAAUACUGUGGGCGCCAGCGUCACAUUAAACAACUUAUCCCUGGAGCCUUACGCAGCUUUUAUUGUGGAGUCUGAUUGACGUGGCCAAAAAUAUGACCACAAAUAUACGUGAGGCUAUGGGGGUCGAAUAUCAAAGUCAUUUCACAAAAUAUGUGCUUCAUUAGAGAACUUUUCAAUUUGACAUGAACUUAUUGUAAAUUUCAAAAUAUAUUAUAUACACGUUUAUGUUCGCCAUGAGUGCAGUCCCAAAAAAAAGAAAUAAAUUACAUUAACCAUGAUUAAUAAGUCAAACAAA